GAGCAUUUUGUAUUUUUUAAUUUUAGGCCAAGCAGCUCACAAUGCAAGCGAUCUGGCGGGGAAUGCCUGCAGGACUCCUGCUGCUGCUGCUGCUGCUCGGCGGCUUCAUCCAGGAUGCGGAGGCCUACGACAAGGAGAUGACCGUCUAUGUGGACGCCGGCAAGACGGAGUGCCUGUACCACUCGGUGCGCCAGGGCGAGACGAUCGACUUUGAGUACCAGGUGAUCGACGGCGGCCACGGCGACCUGGACAUCAGCUUCACCCUGCUGGAUCCCAUUGGUCUGGUCAUCGUGAGCGACUUCAAGAAGCCGGAGAACGUGCAUCGGCACGAGGUGGCCAAGGAGGGCGACUAUCGGUUCUGCUUCGACAACAGCUUCAGCAUGUUCAACCGCAAGACGGUCUUCUUCGAGCUGAUCGUGGAGCGCGAGGGCGAGGAGCUGCGCGGCGACGCCCAGUGGAGCGAGGUGGACGAACUGACGGGCCUCUCACGCGAUGAGUACUACGACAUGAAGGUGCAGGACAUCAUGGACUUCAUCGGACGCAUCCGGCUGCAGCUGAACAAGGCCCGCCAGCUGCAGGAUGUCCUGCGCUCGCACGAGGCACGUGAUCGCAACCUGGCCGAGUCCAACUUCCAGAAGGUCAACCACUGGUCCAUGCUGCAGAUCAGCGCCAUGAUCGGCGUCGGCCUCAUUCAGGUCUUUAUGCUGCGCAGCAUCUUCGCCACCGGCGGACGGAUGCACAAUCUCUGGCGCAAGCUGGGCAUUUGAUGGAAAAGAAGGAAAACGAAAGCGAGGAGAAGCCUCUACCAAAGAUGUGCGUGCCGGAGGAUGCCACGAGGAUGCAUUUAAAGGCCAACCGGCGGCUGGAGCCCCUAGUUAGAAUGUAAUUUAACAGAAAAAAAACACACACAAAACACAGAAACUUGCCAUCAUCAUAUGUAGUUCGUUAGUUUCCAUAUACAUAUAUAUAUAAAUUAUCACGUAUUAUGUAGCCGAGAUUUAGUAUUCCGCAUAUUUAUAGAUAUGCGGGUGUGUGCUUGUGAUAUACCGGGUGUGUUGUGUGUGCUCCCGCGUUUGGGGCAGUGUUAAACGAAAGCAAUUGUACCAUUAAGCCAGGAGAUGAGUUUGAUAUUAAACUUAAAGUUGCAGGAACCAGUGUAAAA